AGGAAUUAUAACAUUGGCGUUUAUGUUAUGUAUCUACUUUAAAAAAAAACAAAAAAACGUACCCUUCUUAUAUUGACCACAGUGGUGCAUUAUCCAGAUUAGCAAGAAAUGUGUAUCAGAAUGAUCUAUUACACUGCAGCUUUCUGCACACUUCCGGAAUCAGGCUGCUUUCCCGUAUCAAAGAGUUUAUCUGGCUAGUUCGGGGCUCGUUAGCAUGCUAGCUAGCAAAGCGCAGUUAGGCUCGGCAGUUUUGCCGUUAUACUCUUCAGAGUUGAGUUUCAAACGGUUUUAGUUUAAAUGCAUAUUAUUUCUGCGUCUGUUUGCUCUGCUUCUUAAAGGUAGAAGUGCAGUAAAGAAGCUCAGGAGCGAUUAAGUAGCUGAAAUUUACAGAAACCCAAACUGGAGCAGCUCAGCGGCGCUAGCUUCAUUAGCCUGGUCACUAGCUGCUAACGCGCAGUCGCUUGGUAUCUUCGUUUAGCUUACAGCCUGUUUGAGCUAGUUAGCUGAUAGCAAGAUUAGUUUUUUCUUUCUUUUUUUUUUUUUUUUCUGAGGGGGCGCUGUCAGGCCUCGCUAGUAAAUGGUGUAUGUGUUGUUUUCAUCCCUCAGAGCGAUGAGCUGUUGCUAGUGCAGAGUUUUGUUCUCGUUAAAUGUACUAUAAUAUCCAAUUAUUAUAGCUACAGAAAUCUAUAAUAUCCAAUUAUUAUAGCUAGAGAAAUGGUAGAGAGGCUGAUGGCAUGGUUACAUGUCGUCGUUAAUAAACUUUAUGUUAGUGAUGUAGAGAAUAAAACUGAAUUAACUAAGUUUCUGUAUCUGCUAGUGAGUCUGAGCUCGAGGUCGGGGGGAUGUGAGGCUUUUUCGGGAUUUGUACCUGUUUGUAAAACUCUAAAUAUUCCAUGGGAAUGAAUGAUUUUGUGCAUGCUGCUCUGUUUACAUGUAACGCCACUUCACCUACGUCCAUUUGGCUGGGAAAUUGCAUGAGAGUUUUUUUUAAAGGUGCAGUAGUCGGCUUCCGGGCCGGAAUGCUUGUUUGUGUUUGGAUGCACAAACUGUCAUUCAGGUUAUAGACACUCUCCGGGCCACCGUAGGUCCUGGGCGCGGUGCUUCGUGAAUAUGGGCGGGAAUCAUUUAAUUGUAGAUCUUUGAGACCUAAUCUUGAGAAAAAGAGAGACUAAUCUCACCUAAUGCACCUUUAAGAUAAUUUUCAGGGUUCCUCAUUUCCGGUUCUCAGGACACCUGAGUGUUAAGUACCAGGUAGAUGUUGCCUUCUCGUGCUAUCUGUAUUAUAUGAGUAAAUAGGAGUUUCUCACUAGGAAGUUGCACAUGAAUGACCCCUCAAGUCGUACUUACGACUGGGAAACUCAGAUUAUUUUGAUACCCGAGUUCCCAAGAUGGGAGGAGUCCUAAACCUUCAGCAUGGCGGAGCAGAGAACAGUGUCUGUACUUAAUGACAGAUCAAAAGGACAGUAUGGCCACCACAGUUGCUGUCAGUCCCAGUGAAUAUCUUCAGCCCUCCACCACCACCUCUCAAGAUUCCCAGCCGUCACCUUUGGCCCUCCUGGCUGCCACUUGCAGUAAGAUUGGCCCACCUGCUGCCCAAGCUCCAGCCAGCGCUCCACCAGCCCAGCCAACCACGCGCCGCCUUCACCCCAUCAAACCUGCUCCCAUUGCUCCGGCUCCACCCAAAAACCUUGGUUUUCUGUCAGCCAAAGGAAAUAUCAUUCAGCUCCCUGCAGGCGUAGGUUCUUCAGGAACCAGUCCCAUCCUCCUAACUAUCCAGCCCCCGACUCGCCCAGCAAGUACAAGUACUGCCAACAUUCAGUACCAGGUGGUGCCCCAGAUCCAGGGAGCUCAGACCAUUCAGAUGGUACCCCAGGGUGGACAGAUCCAGAUCAUCCCUGGGACCAACCAGGCUAUCAUCACCUCACCUGUUACAGUGCAGGCUGCUACUCCCACUCCUGCACAGAAGACAGUACCCAUCAAGCCAUCAACGCAAAAGCGGAGGCAGAACAACACUAAUGUUACACCCACCACUAACAUAGUGCGUCUGCCUAGUGGACUUGCUCUACCCCUCAAUGUUGCUACAGGUGAAGUGGGUGCAACUCAGAUUGUCACAGAGUCAGCAGCUGCCUCACCUCGAGCAGUAAAGGGAAAGAGGGGGCGGAAGAGACUGGCUGCCGCAGUUCCUCCCGCUCCUGUUCCUCCGCCUGCCUCACCGCCACCGAUUGCUGAACAGGUGGAAACAGUGCUGAUUGAAACAACAGCUGAUAACAUCAUUCAGGCAGGGAACAAUCUCCUGAUUGUGCAGAGUCCAGGAGGGAGCCAGCCUGUGGUACAGCAGGUGCAGUUGGUUCAGCAGAAAUCAGAUCAACAGGUGGUGCAGAUACCACCUCAGGCUCUAAAAGUGGUACAAGCUGCUUCUGCAACACUCCCCCCUGUGCCCCAGCGAGUGCCAGCCACCCCCAGUGUGCAGGUGGCUCCCUCAGAACCCACACAGGUACUGAUUAAAACAGCUUCAGGUGAAUGGCAGGCGGUACAACUGCAGGAGACCAUCGUAACCACUCCAACUACGCCCACCACCACUCCUAUCACGCCGGCUGUGGUGACUAAGAAAGCCCAGCCGGGGGCACGGAAAGAGAGGACCCUUGCCAAGAUCGCCCCUGCUGGUGGUGGUCUAAUAACACUUAAUGCUGCACAGCUCACUUCAGCAGCUCAAGCAGUGCAGACCAUUAAUAUCAACGGUGUUCAAGUACAAGGAGUUCCUGUCACCAUCACCAAUUCAGGGGGACAGCAGCACCUGACGGUACAGACGGUUCAGGGAGGUGGGCUUCAGCUGGGCAGCAUGCAGGCACAGGAGCAGCCGCUGAAGGUGGAGCAGACGCUUACGCUAGAGCUCCAGAGCCAACCAGGAGAGAAGAAACGGCGCAUGGCAUGUACCUGUCCCAACUGCAAAGAUUCAGAGAAAAGGCCGGGUGAGGUUGGGAAGAGGAAGCACAUCUGCCACAUAGUAGGUUGUGGGAAGACCUUCAGGAAGACGUCCCUGCUGCGAGCGCACGUGCGGCUGCAUACGGGAGAGCGGCCUUUCACCUGCAGCUGGGUCUUCUGUGGGAAGAGCUUCACACGCAGUGACGAACUGCAGAGACAUGCCAGGACACAUACAGGAGACAAGCGCUUUGAAUGCACAAAGUGUCAGAAGCGAUUCAUGCGGAGCGACCACCUCACAAAGCAUUACAAAACGCACCUGAACACAAAGAACCUGUGAACGUAGACUGGCCGAAGGUUUUAUAAACUCUUACAGAAAACCUUUCCCUGGGAAGGAGCAGGGAUUGAGUCAGGGUGUUAAUGGAGGAAAAUCCCUCCCCUCAUCCAGAUCACACACAUGGUGUGUUCUAGUCCAGGCCCUGUGGCGUAGUCGAUCCAGACGAGCCCACACUCCUCAUGUGUCUCAUUUUCAACUCAUCCCGUUUGUCAUAGGAGGGCUGGCCAUGUGUCUAACCUGGAUCCAGAAAGCGACACUGGAUGUGUAGUUUGGGAAUUCCUGUGUUCGGGGUCGGUUUCGUUCUUCCGCAGCAGGAAACAGAAAGUGUGUGUCACGUGUAUCUCAGACAUGAAUUGCAGCACCAACAUGUACUCCAGCCGAGAAGCUCUGUUUUUCUCCAUAUUAUAAAUUUUAGAGCAGUUUUAUGUGUUUUAUUUUGUUGAGCCUUUUGACUGGUGUGUAGCAGCUCAUGGACAGCUUGUAUUAUGUAAAUGUUUGCUUAUAUUCAGACAUAUAUUUGUACAUAUGAAAAUGCUUGGACUUUGCUCUAUACCCCAGCCAAUGUGGUUUUUUUUGUUGUUGUUUGUUUGUUUGUUUGUUUGUUUGUUUUUUCUCCCCAGAAUUGGAAAGUUUGAAAUGCUCUAACCCUCCUUACUUAACACUUGUAACAUUUAACAGCUGUUGUUAGAAUGAAUAUAUUUUGCUGUGACUGGACAAUCAUGUCUUGAGUGUGGAAGAUGGACACCAGUUAAGAAGUCGUGAAUUGAAAACUGCAGAAACAUAUACAGAAGAUAGCUGUAUUUAAAAGAAGAAAAAAAAUAGCUUAGUCAUGUAAUUAUUUAGAUGGUAUGUUCUGGAAAUUUUUAGAGUUGAUUAUAGAAUCUGAUAUUCAGAUGGCAAAGUGGGGAAUUAGGUAAAAAUUUGUUACCUUUGUAGAAAUAUGGAUUUAUCUUUGCAAAUGCAAAACACUAUUAGAGGGAAAUUAACUUGAUGACUUACUCAAAUACAAUUAUAAUACAGUACAACUUCAUUAGAAAGAAUUACUUUUGACAUACAGCCUUACAGAACUACCCAAGAGUUUUGGAAUUUAUUCCAGUCAGGUCUAUAUCAAUGUUUAAUGUCCAGAUUCUCAAAAGUGCUUUAAGGAGAAAAUGUUGCAGAGCUAUGUUUGUAUUUUGUCUCUGAAUACAUGCAGGUGCAUCUUAGAGACUACGAAAUGUAGGAUAUUUGUUACACAAACGGGUGUAUCGGCUGCUCUGGCCAAAUCUGAAGAAUAAGGACUGUGUAUAUUGUAAAUGAGCAAAAAGGAGACACUGUAUAGUUUCAUUCCUGUACUACACAAGCCUGUUAGAUGACCCUUUUUAUCAGUUUAAAUGUUGCCUUAGAAAGCUUCACUCCCUAUUUAAAGAGAUUUCUGUCUAAUUAAAUGGAACUGCAUUUGUAGAUUUGCUUUAUCUUUUGUCUAACUUGUAUUAUGAAAUGCCAACUUUAUGUGCACUGACCAAAUUCAGGGUUUUACUUUACUGGUUAAAUUUAGUAUUCUUUUCAUUCAGCGUUAUUGGUUGACAGAAUUGGGGAAAAAAAGACCUAUUUUUUAUCUUUCCUAGAUAAAUCCUACACCUAAAAUCUCUGUCUCUGAAAGCUAAUGAUGGGCAACUAUUUCUAUAUCUGUGGAGGUGUUUAAACAGGAGAGCUUGCUACUUUUUCUACAGUCAGUCCAUCUUUCCCAAACUGACAAUAAAGCAUUCAAAUGAC